CUUAUUCUACACUAUGGGUUUAUAUACACAUCAAGUUAUUGUACCAAUUGUCAUUAAUUGAUAAAAAUGUAUAUUAAAUGUGUCCAUUGCUUUUGGAAGACGUACUACAGACAGACUUGUUCGUAGAGGUUUACCUUUUGAAGACUGAUAAAUUGUAUGGCUGCAUAUUCUCAUGAAAACUAUAUUGGUAUUCUGUUCAAGUAAAACCAUAAUAACAUGAAUUAUUUUUUUUUUCAGGAGUUCAAAUAUCAUUAGGAAGUUGUAGCGAACUAACAUUAGUAACUUUACCUAACUGCCUGUGUCAGAACAGUGCUGCAUGUAUAUAAUAAAAAUAAUAAUAAUUCUAUAUUCACCAUGUAUGUGAAAUUACUUUUAAUUCCCAGUUAUUUUGAGUAAAAAAUUAUGGCUGUUACCUAUCAAAUUAAAUAAUCUAAAAAAGCUAUGAUUAACAAAAUGCUAUAAUAGUAAGAACUCGCUUUUUAAAUUGUUGCCUUUUUUAUGAACUAUCUACAUGUAUGUAUCUCAGCACUAUUAUGUUGUAAUGUUUAUGUGACAACUGUGUUUUUUUCCCCAGGCUUUUUGUUGACAUUAUUUACAUGCAAAUGGACCAGCCUGAAUGCAUACCGUCUGUCCAGUGCCCCUUUUAUAUUGUACUACUGAUAACUCCGUUAUUAAAGCAGUGCAAUGUUAAAAGGGCAUUGGCCAGGGAUUUUUCUCAAAGUUCCAGAAAACAGAGGCUGAUAUAGAAUAUGUGGAAAAGCGGCUGAAAUUUGACUUCAUGGCCAAUGCGCGAGAAGCAGGGACAGUUGAGGGAAACCCUCUUCAGUUGCUGGAGAACUUGUCGGCAAUCAAAGCACGGCAUGCAGCCCUGUGCGCACAGGUGGAGGAGAUCGAGGUGGAACAGAAACGAUCCAUGGACUCAAUACGAGCUCACCUGGACACCACAGUGCGGAUGGUUAACCAGCUACAGAGCACAGCAGAUGUGCAGGUUCCACCACUGACCGAAGAAGAGCAAGAAGCGAGAGAUGUUCUCUGCUCAUCCCUUUCUGCGUUAAAUGUAGAGGCCAUGCUGACAGAAGAACCUCAAACUCAAGCACAGUCUGAAUCACAGAAUAUGUGUGAAGAGGUGUCUGAGGGGACAUUUGAGACUGUCCCACGUAGUGUACGUAGUAACUUGAAACUGAAUGACCUCAAUACGUUCUAUAAGCAGUUAUCCGAGCACUUCUCAGAUAAGAACAGAGGGCCAAUAAGCACUCAGAGGAUGAAGAAGCUGAAGAUGAAAGUCAGUGAUUCUGCACUGAAGACCUUACAGCACCUUAAACUCAUUGAGCUGGAUAAUAAAGGACUUGUGUCAUUGCUGGCAAAAGACUGAGAAACGAAAUAAGAUGCACAAAACCCCACCAAAACAUGUAAAUCCUCCAGUUCCUUCCACCAUUGUUCUAAACUAAAACCCUUCUUACACUUUGAUUGGAUCAGCAGUUUAGAACAGGACUGACAGUGGACUUGAAAACAUUUCAAAAACAUUGCUUCCGUGAAGUAUAUCCAUGAAUCAGGAUUGCAUAAUUUAUUUUUCUGUCCCAUUUCCUAUGCAUAAUGUUAUGCAGCCAUUAUUAAAUUAUAGCAUAACCUGUUGUGGCAUCAUUAGAUUUGUAUAAGAAAGAAACUGUACAGCAUAAGUUUAUUUUUUGUUAAGGGAAACAGGUAUUUAUGUAAUUUCAGAUCAGUGAAGCAUAGGAGAACAUAUUUCAAUGUCAAAUUCAGUGUAUUCACUUUUUUUUUUUUCUUUUUUUUUUUUUGGCUUGCUGUUGUAAUUACUUUGAGUAUGCAAUAAAAUAUAUUUUAUA